AUGUCUAAAGAAGAGGAUGAGUUGAAAGCACUUGCAUCGUUAUUUGAAGAUGAUUCAGGAUCUAAGGAAGAGAAACGUAAACGAGCGGAACAAGUAGUUGCACUUGAGAACAAGAUAGGACUCCCCCAACAAUUAACAGUCAUGACGGCAUUUGAUGAACUUUUGGCAUGUUUUGCUAUUGGAGGCCAAAUCAAGAACUAUUAUAGAUAUGGAACGUAUACCACUUGUGAGGACCAAAGAGAGAAGUUUUGGUUUGCAUUGGGCAAUGGAAUGUACUCGGAGUUACCCAAGAGCAUCGACGAUAUGAGUGAACGAGACUUGGAGAGGAAGUUCAAGGUACAUGAUUUUUAUAUGAAACGUCUUGAUAAAAUAAGAAAGAGUGGUAGUUGUGAAGAUGUUUGGAAGAUACGCAGUUAA